AUGUUGUUGACGCCAAUUUACAUUGCAAUGACUUUUAUAAAAACUUGGCGUAUUCGUUCAUUUCGUGCUCGUCUCCUGGAGUUCCUUAGUGGUAAUACGAGUGUUGCUUUUUGCAAAGUCCCUGAAAAUGCAGCAGAAACACCUACAUUGAGUUCAAAACUUUGCACAAAUCCGAAAAAUGCUUACCUUUGUGAUUUAUUGGAUUAUACAAAUGCUUCAAGAAUUUGUAGUAUGAAACCAACACAAUGCAUAGAGAUUAAUGAUUGGGUGACAUGUGCAGGAGGUUUGCCUUUGGGCUCAAGUGACAUUUCACCAGUGACAGAUCUUGAUGUUGAAGUGCUCUUAGAAUGUGAAAUGGAGCCGCAUGAAGGAAGUUCGCAUCAUGAUAUAAUAUCUUUGGAGUCCAUGGGCCAACCAGUGGCAUGGAAGGCAGGUUCACAUUUAGCAAUAGUCUUAAAGACUAAUAUUGAGCACCUCAGUGUGGUUGGUUUUCACUUUACUGGUGGAGAAUUUAUUAUAGACCAUAAACUUCCAGUUGUUAGGAUACAAACUGUACAAAUCUCAGGCGAACCAAACAAUGCAGCUGAUGUGUCAAUGAGGGGUCUACGCAGUGACAUUCAACAAGGAUUGAAACAAUUUCCCGAAUUAUUCCAGUGGCCAGUUCAUGCAGCUUUGCUUAGGAAAUUGUCUAAAGUUGUUGAUAUAAAAUCAGAUAUUAGAAAUACAACUGUCGAAAUGAAUGGUGGUACUGAUCAGGUUAUGGAUACAACACCAGUAAAAAGGUCUGUGACAAUGGCAGAUGUAAGCACCAUAACAACUAAAUCACUAUCACCAGAUGAAGAAUUUGAUAAACCUGUAGAAACCAUUAAGGUUGAUGAAAAUGUAAAAUCUCAAGAAAAAUCACCAGAAAAGAAGAGUAAAGACAAGUCGGAAGAAAAUGGAAAAGAAGUAGUUGUUGAAAAUGUCACUGUUGAAAUUCAACAUAAUAUCACACCAAAGAAAUCUAGUUUGAAAUUAGACUUAAGAAAAGGCACUAGUCAACUUUCUACAUCAUUGUUAAAUAUAUCUAGUCAAAUAAAAUCCGUAACCACCCAUAAAAGAAUAAUAAGUACAUCAGGACCAAAGAAAACUCAACCACAAAUUGAUGCAACACAGGCAAUUAAGGAAGAACAUAAAAAUAAAUGUUCACCACAACAGAGUACAUCAAAGUCAUUAAAAAGUUUCCGUCCAUUAGUAAAUACAAAAUCACCAAAUAUUUUAAUAUACUCUGAUAGUGUAGCAGCUAGGGAUAAUUUAGAAGCUUCUCUUAGGAAAGUGUUGGAUUGUGACAGGUACACGCUAUACAGCGUGUCCCGUGAGUCUUUAGAGGCCGGGGCGUGGCGAGGACGUGCUGCGCUAGUGGCUGUCGCAGGUUGCGUGGGUCGCUGUGCGCCCUUGCUGUUGGCGCAUUUGCUCGAUGGAGGCCGGUUGCUUGCUCUAUGCUCAGAUUUGUUACAUACAGUGUUGCCUUAUUAUAAGACUGCUGAGGUUCGUGAAAAUGAAAUUGUACAGUUCAGUUACGACAAAUGGAAGUCAGUAAAAAUGAAACAUCACAUAUUUUGUUAUCAGGCAUCGCCCGCUAAGAAACAAUUCUCUACUGAAAGUGAUAGGCAACCAUCAAAAUACACUGGUCACCCUGGACAUGAGCUGGACAUUCAGAUCCUGGCGUCGGAGGAAACAUGGCGAACUCCAUCUUUAUUACAAGCAACUGAUACUAUCAACAACGGUAUAGCGAUUUUUUCUCAGAUUCAUCUUGAAGCUGAUCCAAGCGAUUAUUUAGGCGAGGAAGGUUUGAAAAGCAACGAAGCCCGUUUAGGAAUCCUUCACAAAAUAAUGGGUGAUAUCUUGGGCCUCCACGUCAAAGAUCCAAAGGAGAUACGCAAUCUGGACUACACGAUGGGAUACUUUCUAGGAAAUCACGUGCAUAAGCUCUCGUUAGUGGACGGUUGGUGUCCGCCGGUGGAAGAAGGCAAACGUGUGAAGAAGUUAGACAAAUUAACUAUUCAAUGGUGCAUGAGAGGCGAGGAGCCCAUCGAACCUCCAUCGGCUACAUUUUUACCUGUAUGCCUUUAUGAGUGUCCUGAAAAUUUCUCAACCGUAGAAUAUUUUGAUAACUUAACUUCGGCAUCGUUAGGCCGGCUGGUGGUAUACGCGGAUGUGAUCGAGUCGACGACGCAUGUGGUGGGUGGCGGUGCACUGGCGCACGGCGUGGCGGCGGUGGCGCGGCGCCAGCUCGCCGCCCUCGGCCGCGCCGGCAACGCCUGGCUCACGCCACCCGGACAGGCGGCCGUGUCGCUGCAGCGCGGCGCCAGUACCGUGUGUCACGUAACGCGGCGCCAGUACCGUGUGUCACGUAACGCGGCGCCAGCUCGACGCUCGCGGCCGCGCCGGCAACGCCUGGCUCAUGCCACCCGGACAGGCGGCCGUGUCGCUGCAGGUACCGUGUGUCACGUGGCGCGGUGGCAGCUCGCCGCCCGCGGCCGCGUCGGCAAUGCCUGGCUCACGCCACCUGGACAGGCGGCCGUGUCGCUGAGGGUACCGUGUGUCACGCAGCGCGGCGCCAGCUCGGCGCCCGCGGUCGCGCCGGCAACGCCUGGCUCACGCCGCCCGGACAGGCGGCCGUGUCGCUGCAGGUACCGUGUGUCACGUAGCGCGGCGCCAGUACCGUAUGUCACGAAGCGCGGCGCUAGCUCGGCGCCCGCGGCCGCGCCGGCAAUGCCUGGCUCACGCCGCCCGGACAGGCGGCCGUGUCGCUGCAGGUACCGUGUGUCAUGUAGCGCGGAGCCAGCUCGGCGCCCGCGGCUGCGCUGGCAACGCCUGGCUCACGCCACCCUGACAGGCGGCCGUGUCGCUGCAGGUACCGUGUGUCACGUGGCGCGGUGCCAGCUCGGCGCCCGCGGCCGCGCCGGUAACGCCUGGCUCACGCCGCCCGGACAGGCGGCCGUGUCGCUGCAGGUGUGGCGUAAGAUGUCUCCAACAUUGUCCCUCAUCCAACACGCGGCGGCGUUAGCGGUAGUUCGCGCUGUACGCACUGACCCCGCUUACGAACACUUAGACAUCAGAAUAAAAUGGCCUAAUGACAUUUACUAUGGUCGUGACGUGAAGAUAGGUGGAGUCAUCACCACAGCGAGCUGCUUGGAUGAUGACGUGAUAUUACACAUAGGCACUGGUGUGAACAUAUCAAACAGUGUUCCAACGACGUGCGUGAACGACAUCAUAUCUGAAUACAAUAAGGAACACGGAACUAACCUGGCCUCGAUAUCGAUAGAGAAGUUCCUAGCGCGCUACUGUUCGCAACUCGAACGGAUCCUCGAUUAUAUCGACACUAAGGGAGGAUUGGAGGCGUUUCUGGAGCAGUAUUACCAAUACUGGCUGCAUGAUCAAGAAGAAAUCCGCGUAAAAUGCAAAGACUCGGACACUCCUAUUGAAGGCACUAUAACAGGCGUGGACGAAGCGGGCUGGCUUCGUGUACGCAUUGGAGGGCAGGAAAUAAAGGUAGCCCCUGAUGGGAACACGUUCGAUAUCAUGAGCGGGCUCAUCGCACCGAAGAUCUAA